AAUGCAAACUUGAUGCUUUCACACGCUUUCUAACUCUUGGUAAUGACUUUUCUACUAUAUCUAGCUUUCUUUUCAUGCUCUAUCCGCACUCUUCACAUUUCUCUCCGUUGUGAUUCUUCUCUACAAAUCUACCUUCAUACUUUAUUCUCAACUCAUUACUCGUAAUCUCUGAUUCCAUUUUCCAGUCUUUAAUAACCCAAAUUAAAGACUAUGAAAGAGUAAAACAAACAAAGCUUCCCAUCAUUAAUAUUUGGCAAAGGUCUUUAACGACAGAGACUAAUUUAGAUACAGCUGGGAUGCAUGGAGAGAGUUAGAGACCCUGAUUCCUAAAGAUUGCAAAAAUUUGAUGCAACCGAGGUUCCAAGAAGAAAUGACGCAAUUGGUGCAGCAAGAAUCACAUUAUUUCAUCCGGCCACAUUAAACUCUGUCAUGCUUGGUAAAUUUCGGAAGUUACCACGACUAUGAGGGGACAUUUUAUCAAAACUGGGUAUGCCACUUGAACUCACCUUUCGAAUUGAUGUCGUCCAAUUGCAUUACUGGCGAAAGCGUAAUAACUGUGAUGCAUGGAGAGAGUUAGAGACCGUGAGUCCUAAAGAUUGCAAGAAUUUGAUGCAGUUUGUGAAUUUCAUCAUUUCAUUGUUUCAGAGAGAGCAGGAAUCACAUUAUUUCAUUCGACACACCGCCACAUUAAACUCUCCUGCAUGGUGAAUUUCAGAAAAUCAAGACAAAAGUAAGGAGGAUAAAACUUUUGGGAAAUGGCCGAGAAAGUUUUUUCCUUUGUUGCAGAGCAUGGUGGUGUAAAAUGGAUUAAACGUCACAUUAGUUAUGUAUACAACUUCGAAAAAAAUGUAGAUAAUGUUAAAGAUCAACUCUAUAGUCUGAAACGUAAGAGAAAGAGAAUCGAGCACGCUGUUGAUGAUGCAACCAACAGAAAACUGGAGGUGAUUGAAAGUGACGUUCAACACUGGCUGCAGAGCGUGGCAACAGUUGUUGAGAAUGCAGAAAGUCUUUUUGAGGAAACAGAGAGGGCAAAGAGGAGGUGUUUGUUUGGGUUAUGUCCUAAUGUGAAGGCAAUGUACCAGGUUGGCAAGAAAGCUGAGGACAAAUCAAAGGCAGUAGCAGAUCUUCGGUUGGCUGCAGGACAGUUUUCUAGUGUUUCAUAUCGUCCUGCUCCACAAGGAAUACGUUUUGCAAUCAUCAAUGAUUAUGAGACCUUCGAAUCAAGAGCAUGGCAUUUGGAUAAGAUUAUGAAGGCCUUAAAAGAUCCUAAUGUCAACAUGAUUGGCGUUUGGGGUAUGGGUGGUGUUGGCAAAACUACUCUUGUGAAGAAAGCUGUCCAACAAGCCAAUUUAGACAGGAUUUUUGAUGUGGUGGUUUUAUCGGAGGUAUCUUUAAAUCAAGACUUGAGAAGGAUUCAAGGAGAAAUUGCAGAUGCCUUAGGCUUCAAAUUCGAGGCAGAGACAAUUUCUGGGAGAUCCAACCAGUUACAUGAACGUUUGUUGAAAGAAACAAAAAUUCUAGUGAUUCUUGAUAAUAUUUGGGCAAGGAUUGAUCUGGGAGAGUUAGGAAUACCUUUCGGGAAUGACCACAAAGGAUGCAAAAUAUUGAUGACAUCUAGAGAUAGGCGUGUAUUAACCCAGAUUGGUACUAAUAGUUUGAAAAUUUGGGUUGAUACAUUAGAUGAUGUGGAGGCUUGGAAAUUAUUUGAGAAAAUCGCAGGGGAUGUUGUGAAAGUUCCCAAUUUGCAACCUCUUGCCAUUGAAAUAGCUAAAAGAUGUGCAGGUUUGCCACUUUUGAUUACCACAGUUGCAAUGGCUCUAAGUGAUAGAAAGGAUUCAUAUACUUGGAAAGAAGCCUUACAACAAUUAGAUAAGUUUGGAAAUGAUGAUUUUGAUGCACAAGUGUAUUCAGCUCUAGAGUUAAGUUUCAAUAAGUUGAAAGGUAAACCGAUGAAAGAGGUGUUCUUGCUUUGUGGUCUACUAGUAAAUACUAAUUAUGCCAUUGAGGAUUUGGUGAAAUAUUGCAUGACCCUUGAUUCUUUCAAACAUAUUGAUCAAUUGGAAGAUAGGAGAAACAAGUUGCAUAAAUUGGUUAUAGACCUCAAAUCCGCAUGUUUGCUAUUAGAUGGUGAAAAAAAUGGUUACAUUAAAAUGCAUGAUGUGGUUCGCAAGUUUGCUCUGUCAUUUGCACGUGAAAAGCAUAAUAUGUUCAUUGAAGAAUAUGAUGGUGAAUUGGAAGAAUGGCCCAAAAAGAAUGCAGUUGUAAAGUUCUACUCAAUAUAUUUUCGUCACAAUUAUAUUCACAGAUUACUAGAAGGGUUGGAAUGUGAAGAGCUGAAGUUAUUUAUUCUGCAUUCCAAAAAUCGUGAUUUGGAGAUUCCUGGUUCAUUUUUCCAAGGGAUGAGAGGAAUUAUAGUCUUAGAAAUUAAGAAUAUAAUAAUUCGAUCUUUGCCUUCAUCCCUUUGUUAUCUAAACAACCUUAGCACACUCUCUCUUGAGGAGUGUGAGUUGGAUGAUAUAGCCAGAAUAGGAAAUCUAGUUGGACUAGAAGUUCUUCGCAUUGUGAAUUCAAAGAUCUCCCAUUUUCCUGAGGAAACAAGACAAUUGACUCGUCUGAAGUUGUUCAAUGUCAACGGAUGUUCAAAUCUUGCAGUGAUUCCACCAAAUGUCAUUUCAUCGUUCACUCGAUUAGAAGAAUUGUACAUGGAAAAGAGCUUUGUGAACUGGGAGGCUGAAGGAGUUAAUGGUCAAAAUGCGUGCCUUGCUGAGUUGAACAAAUUGUCUAAGCUGACUAGCUUAGAUAUUCACAUUCCGAAUUCCAAUAUUAUGCCAAAUGACUUGUUCUCAGUCAAGUUAGAAAGAUUUAAAAUGGUAAUAGGAUAUGUCUGCGCCUGGAGCUUGGAAUGGUUUAGCAAGCGGUAUGAAAGCUCACGAAGUUUGAAACUCAAACUCUCCACAAGCAUUCAUGUGAAGCCUGGUGUUAAGGAAUUGUUGAAGAAAAGUGAAGACCUAUAUCUCAAUGAAUUGGGUGGCGUUAACAGUGUUUGUGAGUUAGAUAGGGAAGGUUUUCCAAGGUUGAGAUUUUUACAUGUCCAAGAGGGUCGGAACUUCCAAUACAUUGUAAACCCGAACACAACAACUCCUUGUAAAAUUUUUCCAGGCUUGGAGGUAUUGUCUCUUAAAAAAUUGAUUAACCUUGAGAUGAUAUGUCACGGCCAACUUGGAGUAGAGUCGUUUAGUAAAUUGAGAAUUGUGAGAGUGGAAAGUUGUGGCAUGUUGAAGAACCUUUUCUCAUUCCCUAUUGCCAAAUCCCUUUUGCAACUACAACAAAUCAAAGUGGAGGACUGUAAAAACAUGGAGGAGAUUUUUUCCUGUGAAAGUGAAAAGGAUGUGAUUGAGUUAAAGGAAGUACAAUCCAUAGAACUACGGGGUUUACCGAAGCUCACUAGCAUCUGCUCUGAGAUAAAGGAUGAGCCCAUCCCACUUCUUAAUGGGAAGAUAGUGUUUCCCUACUUGGUGACGUUAGACCUACAUGAUAUUGGUGCUGAAAAAAUAUGGGACAAUAGUCUUCAAGCAAUGCAACAUUUUCAUAGAUUGAGAUAUCUGACGUUGUCAGGCUGUCAUAAAUUAAAGUUCUUGUUCCCCGUUGUUGUGGUCAAAGGUCUUAUUCAACUCAUGAAACUUGAUGUAAGAGAUUGUGAAUUAAUGGAAAGGAUAAUAGGAGGAGCGGCAGGUCAGAUGAUCUUCCCCAAAUUGAAUUUACUGCAUCUCAAAGAUCUUCCAAAACUGAAAAGAUUCUGCACAGGAAAUUCUGUUGAAUUUCCAUCCUUGGCCUAUAUGUGGAUAGCGAAAUGCCCGGAAUUGAAGUCGUUCAUCUUUGAUGAAAAGGACGUCAGCAAUGGUGACCUCCCACCUCCUCUCUUUGAUGAAAAGGUGGAACUCCCUACUAUUGAAAUAUUAGACAUCCGAUCCGUUAACCUGAAAAGAAUAUGGCACAAUGAACUCCCUCCAGAAUCCUUUUGCAAACUAGACAAUCUUUUCCUGUAUGACUGUGAAAAUCUGUUGAACAUAUUUCCAUCUAAUAUGCUGACAAGACUGCAGAACCUACAAAUUUUGGAUAUAGAAAAUUGCAAGUCAAUGGAUGUGAUAUUUGAUUUGGAAGGGCCAAAUGGUUUGGAGAUGCAUAUAACAAAGACCCCCAUAUUCGGAAAACUAAAGUUCAUAGAAAUCGCGGAUUGCCCCAGUGUGAGAUAUAUUUUUCCACUCUCUAUAAUCAGUGGUCUUCGGGAACUUGAGAAGUUACAUAUUGAAGACUGUAGGGCGGUUGAGGAAAUUGUUGCAAUGGAAGGGGUAGAUGCGGAUGUUAGGUUCGAGGUCCUAAAAGUCACUUUCCUGAAACUUGAAGACUUACCACAACUAAAAAGUUUCUACCCUGGAAUUCAUACCUCAGAAUGGCCACUGUUAAAGAAAUUGAAAGUUGUUGGAUGUGACAAACUGAAAAUAUUGGCUUCUGAAUGUUCAAAUGUCCAAGAAGGGGCGCAUGAUGGGUAUCUUUAUUCGCACGAAAAGGACAAAUUCCUCAACAUGGAAGAACUUGUUGUAGGGCGUAGCACUUUGAAUGAGAUAUUCCCAGAUGGAGGAUUCAUUUGUGAGGCUGGAGAGCUCUCAACAUUUCGCAGUCUCAACAUUUUGCAGUCUCAAAAUUUUGGUUGUCACAGAUUGAAAAUUCAGUUUCCGUCCUCACUGUUGUCAUUCUGCAAUUUGAUUGAACUGAAAGUAUAUAGAUGUCACAAAUUGACUUACUUAAUGUCUUGCUCGACAACUAAAAGCAUGAUGCAGCUCAAGAAAUUGCGGGUAUUUGAAUGUGCAAUGAUGACAUCCAUUGUAGAAUGUGCAGGGGAAAGUGAGACAGAGGAUGAUAAUAUUUUCUACCAACUGGAACAAAUAUAUAUUGAUGAUAUGCCAAACCUUUCAAGCUUCUGCUGCUCAGGAAAACAUGCCUUCAAAUUACCAUCAUUGGUAUAUGUAUAUGUGAGAAAUUGCCCCAGUCUGAAAACUUUUUGCGAGGGACCACUUUCCACUUUUAAGCUCUGGAGUCUCCAUGUAUCAUCUUAUGAAGAGCGUUGGAACGGCGACCUAAAUAGUACCAUACAGGCGUUGUAUAAAGAAAUGGAGGAUGAUGAUGAUGAUGAUGAUGAUGAUGGUGGAGAUGAAGAUUUGUCAAUGGAGAUAAAGAGCAAUGAUGAUGAUGAGGUCAAUUGCUCGUAGCCGUUUCAAUCAUUUGGGGAUGAGAGAAUGAUGCACCUGAACUUAUUGAAAGCUUAGAAGGACAUAUUACUUUGAAUUGAUAUUCAAUCAUCAGGCUCCAACAUUGCCUCCUCUUUAAGGAUGAAGGUGGCAAGUUAAGCUUUCUUUCUGUGUCAAGUGACGAUGUGUGCUGAAAAUCUCUCUUUUCUUUUCUCCCUUUCAUGAUUUUAACAAGUACGCUCGUGUUAAGUAAAAUCGAAUCCAUGGACUUUCGUUAUACUACUUUCAAUUCUGAAUUUGCUACUUCUGGGACUCCUAAAUUUUAAAGAAAGACAGUCAUGUGCUCUGCUUGCAACUUACAUAUAAUAGUUAAAUUUAGAAUGCAAGUGAAACUUGGAUUUGGUUGGAAUACUCAUUUUAUUUACAAAGUCGCAAUGCUUAUGAAUGUCAA